AUGCACUCCCAUCCUACACGUGCAUCAGGAGCUGGCUACAUUUCAAAGAUACACGACCUGCAGCGCGUACUGAAAGUUGGCUAUGGAGAAUUUGUUUCUCAUCUAACAAUCUGCAUUCCGACUGUGCACUUUCUUGGUCGUUCCCGUGUUUGCCGACAAGAUGGCGCUGCUGACUCAGAAUAGCGGCAGCUACAUAUCACAGAUUACUAUUGAGAUACGCGACACGAGCGAGGUAUGCGAUAAUGGUGGUUCAUACGAAGUAAGAGUUCAAACGGUAUAUCCCAUGGUGAACUCGUUUAUCCUCGUGUUGGUUGGAUUUGCACCAAAUGCCGAGCUGUACAGGGUUUCCAGCAGCACACCCACCGACGCAAGCGUAACAUACAAAAUGUCCAGGCUGCUGGUGAACAUGCUCAAGCAGCAUAGGUAUAUCAGUGGCGCCAGUGGUUUUUCUGAAUGACAGUCAAGGGGCACAGAGGUGGAGACACAUGGGCUCAGGAUUAGCAUACUCUUGUGACGACUAUACGGAGUGGCCGCCACUCUCAUAGGGGCGUUUGUGUUUGGUAUUCUUGAGAAUCAAUGUCA